AUAGUGCGGCUGAUGGCAAUGAUGGGGAUGAUGUUGCCUCUAGUGAUAAUACGGAUAUUGAUAGUGAAACUGAUAAUGGUAGCAGCGAAAGGGGUGGGAGAGGAAGGAGAGGCAGGGGGAGGAGGGCAACUGGGAGAGGAGGACAAAGAGGAAGCAGACGAAAAACACCCAGAGUGUCACUCCAUUCGUCAUCAGGGGGAGCAAAGAGAUCCAACGGCCGGGAUAAGCCUGCCAGAUCACCAGGCCGAUCCGACGGUGCAAAGCUGAUCAGCGGGUGGCGGGACAUGUUCGAUGGGAUCAUCCGGUGGAGGCAGCACGCGGAGCCCUGCGAUACAAUCACGUGGAUCGACCAGCUCAAAAACGAGUACCCCAGGGGCUUCGGUACAAUCACAGCCAUGCGAGUAGGGCAGAUGCACAACCUAAAGUACUACCCGUUUCAGGACUGGGCGUUUGAGGUCAUGCGCUCGGUGCUCCUAGAGACCGAAAUGGCGUCCAAUGCCACCAACUGGCCACUUCCAGUGCCGCGGCGCGUGCACGGGCGGGCAAUUGAGGCGGCUCGGGACUUUGGGGAUCUGCACCGGUCGGUGGGGGAGAACUUCUACGUGACCACGCAGUGCUACAGCGAGGCAUUCCCGGGCGCAUCAUGAACGGCACACAGCUCACUCUUGUGGAAUCAUCAGGUUCCUACGACUUCACAAUCCGCACAGCGGUGACGCCCGAGCGCAGCGCUGAGUUCUUCCAGGAGCUGCAGAAGACGUGGGAGGAGCUCAGUCUGGCCGCCGCGGACACGCGCACCGCGCCACCGACAUACACCUGUACCGGCAGCGCGUGCGCGAGGGUGUGCUGCGCAUGGGGUACUACUGGUACCAGUUCAUGCCGCUCACACGGGGCUCCGCCAUGGUGGGGAUCAUCUCCAUCCUCGGGCUGUCGCUCGCUGCUGACAUGGAGACCCUCUCGCUCAUUCCCAAGGACACCCAGGUGGACUGGGAGGCGAUACUAAAUCCCCGUUUUAAGCACUUCAAUGACUCGGUGUCGCCGUGGUUCUACAGGAAGGUUGCGCCUUCACCCUGGCAUUUGCCACGUGUCAGUGAGGCCCUGCCCACGACGCGCCACGUCAUCGCUGCCCUCAGCUAUGACCUGGAAUCCGACGAUGAUGAGAAGGAUUAUGACAAUGAUGACGAUUGAGAGGUGAACAUUUUAUUUUCCAGGAGUUAUAGAACACUAACGACAGAAAUAAAGCACUACUCCUUGCGGAUUUCAUUGAAAGAAGUGCCUAAGGGUUUAGAGCCUGCUCUGUCUAUCCUAAACAACGGUCCGCUUGCUGUGGCUUGGAGUCCUCAACCGACGCAUGUGCCCGUCCUUGCGCCAUACGUCACGCUCCGAGUCGGAAUCGCUUCCGCCGCUGCUAGUGAGGCUGCGACCGCCCGACUCUUCCGGCCGCCAUGCUUCGCGCUCGCAUCGUUCUCCCGCGCAAUUCCCCGCACCCGAAAGUCCCGCAGGUUGCGCGCGGAACUCACGGCGCGGGAAAGCGCUCCGCCAUGCCCGCUCGGGCCAUCCUCCCCGCAGGCGCCUCAGUUGAAAUAGCUGCUGCUGCGCGCUCAUCGGCAAUCCCUUGGUUCACUUCCCGCACUGCGCAGCCGCGCGCCAUUGCGCUAACUCCCCGCGCCGCGCAAUCGCACAGCACGCGGCAACUUCCCGCGUCCGCCCAUACCGCUACAGAGCGCAAAGCCCGCGCAGUACUAUUCCGCGC